UAGAUACGUCCAGGACUUUGUUGUCUUGACUCGAUUGAUGAAACGCACAUGAAACGCAGCUCUUUUUCAGUAUUUCAUAGGCACACAUGCUCAAUAUAAACCUGGAAGAAAGUUGUCUCUAAUGCUUCUUUAUAAAUAGUACAAUGUGUAUUCCAUAGUGUUUAUUAUAUGCCAUUCGACCUAGUGAUUGUUUGCGCGAUUUUAACGUUUUAAGACGUUUUAUGCGAGGUCAUCAAAAUUUAAACGUUAAUAAAACACAUACAUGCAGUCUCAGCAAACUUAGAUAUUAUUACCUUCCAUAUAACCAUCUUUUAUUUAAUCGCGUCUUUUUCAAUUUAAACUUAUGCUACCUUCCAGCAUUCUACAAAUGGCAGAAGGAGGCAUCGGGUGUACAGAUUCAGAGACUGAAAGCGUUCCCAGACACAGCAGUCUGUACAGUCGUCACUCUCAGAAUUAUGUGGAAAGUGUGUCAGUGGAGAUUAGUACUAUAAUGACCCGGCUGGGAUACGGCGAGGAGAUGAGAAAGUGGCGCGUUAAGAAGUACAAGGAUUGGGAUAAGCUGUAUUUUGGUCGACAGAAAGAAAAAACUAUUAUCACAGCUGGCAGCAAGGCAGAAGGGUUGACUUGCUAUUUUGAAAGCGACCAUGACAUGCUACAUUUGCAGAACUUUAUCCUCUGUGUGGAAACUGGUAUCAGUCUUCACACCAUACCAGAGGACAUGGACGUGUUCAGGAUGGAUACACGCGUAUAUCCAGGACACUGCAUACUGUUGCUAGAGAGACUAGCGCAUUUUACAAUGAAAAUAAUAACCGCUCCGCUAUGUGAUAAUGGAUAUGGGGACGUUUUAUUUAGCAGUAGUUUAUUUCUAGAUGAAUGUUCCGCUUCACUGUCAUUUGAUCGUCGAUUACAGGUGGUGCAACAUAAACGCGCGGGGCCGUCAACACCACAUACAAUUAACGAGAAGAUACAUACGGACACAGUACAUGCCUUACGCUGUUUAUGCCCUAGUGUUCUACAAAGAUGGGCUGCCAGACCCCGCCAGUGGCCGUUACCAGUCAUAGUUAAGAAAGUAGUAUCAGUAGGAGCCUAUGUUACCCCGACAGGGUUUAAGGAUAGCGUAAACAAGCACAUCGAGUGGAGGAUUUGCUUUAACAGCGGAGAAACAGAACUUAUAAACAACCUUAAUGACACUCAAGCGAAAGUUUAUGUUAUACUAAAAAUGAUCCUCAAAUAUAUACUGAAACCAAAAAAUAAAGAAAUUACAUCAUAUGUACUGAAAAACAUAGUAUUGUGGCAAGCUGACCGUAACACACAGACACACUUUAGUGCAUACAGUUUGCUUCACUGGCUGCAUGCCGGUCUGAGAGAACUAAGGAUGGGUAGCAGAUAUCACGGACAUGCUAGAAGAAGGUCCCAGGGUAAUACUUAGAUUGGAGAAGAUACGAAAGGCAAUCGUCGCGUCUCCAGAGCCGAUGUUGUGGUACAGUAAGACACGGAUGGGGUUGGAGAUGCUGAUGCUGGAGAAUAGUACGAGAGUCAAGCCACGGACAGAUGAUAAUGGUGAUGAGCUGUUGGAAGACUCGAAUUUUGUUGAGAAUGCCAUAGUUUUACGCUUGGGGGAAGUAUGGGAAGAUAUGAGAGAACGAAUGCUCCUGGAGGGCAGUUCUGUUAAUGUUAAUGAUUGUAAAGAUAUUUUUGACGCAAUGUUAAUGUAAUAAUGAACUGAAAUAGAGAAAUCACACGUAUAUCAUGGCUGUAAUUAAGACCACAACGUCACUGAAAUAAAUGCAGUUAGUCAUAAAUGGCACAUAGACGGUUUUUACGGUGCAUUAUUUUAAAAUAUAUGUGCAGUAUUUAUUAAGCGAAUAAAUAUUAAAUUAUUUCAUAUCUCUCGUAUUCAUGCAUGCUCAUUAAAUUAUGUUUUUAAUAUAACAUGUGGCAUCGGAGACAAUUGAACCGCUCGCUAAAAUGAACGUAGUAUAGAAUAUUUGUGACCCUGGUGUGUUUAUGUACUUCACAUAUUGGACUUGUCUGCUUAAUAACGCCUACACUUUUUUAUUAUUGGUAUUUGUUCUUGCCACAUAAUUUUUUUAACAUGUACAUAUGCAUUUUGUUCGUACUAGUCAUGUUUAUCUACAUGUCGUUUUGUACACAAUUAGCAAAACAAGAUCAGUUUGAAAUAUAAUCACACAUGUACAAUCAUAAAGACAAGCGAGACUUCAGGGUCUACGUUGGCAUAUUUUCAGAAAAUUCUUGUUAAACACUUGUUAUGUUGUCGUGUUACCUUUCAUAAAACCCUUAAAGCUCCCUCUUUAAAACUGUCACAGUGUAGAAUGAGCAAUAGGGUAUUUUGCCUAUUUCCGAAUGUGGCUGUAAAUAACUUU